AGUUAGCAAAUUAGGCUGCGCGUUCGCUUCUGCUAGAGGGCGGGGCAGGAGGUUUCGGUUAGUUGUCUGCUGUUGGGGAAGGUAAAGCGGAGACGGCGUCCUCAGGAGCCGUGGGGUCCCCUGCUAGAAGUGGGGGACUCGGCAGGGAAAUCAUUUAAUACUUGAUGAUUAGAACAAAUAUGUGAAAGCUCCCACCAACCAGUGAGAAUUUCUUCCUUCAGAAGGGUUUUUGUUCUUACUGCACAGCUUUUUUGGUGCCAUGUUUUAUGGCUUGCAUCAAAAGAGGAGUUUGUCUUCAUGAAGAUUCCUAACAUUGGUAAUGUGAUGAAUAAAUUUGAGAUCCUUGGGGUUGUAGGUGAAGGAGCCUAUGGAGUUGUACUUAAAUGCAGACACAAGGAAACACAUGAAAUUGUGGCAAUCAAGAAAUUCAAGGACAGUGAAGAAAAUGAAGAAGUCAAGGAAACGACUUUACGAGAGCUUAAAAUGCUUCGGACUCUCAAGCAGGAAAACAUUGUGGAGCUGAAGGAAGCAUUUCGUCGGAGGGGAAAGUUGUACUUGGUGUUUGAGUAUGUUGAAAAAAAUAUGCUCGAAUUGCUGGAAGAAAUGCCCAAUGGAGUUCCACCUGAGAAAGUGAAAAGCUAUAUCUAUCAGCUAAUCAAGGCUAUUCACUGGUGCCAUAAGAAUGAUAUUGUCCAUAGAGAUAUAAAACCAGAAAAUCUCUUAAUCAGCCACAAUGAUGUCCUAAAACUGUGUGACUUUGGUUUUGCUCGUAAUCUGUCAGAAGGCAAUAAUGCUAAUUACACAGAGUACGUUGCCACCAGAUGGUAUCGAUCCCCAGAACUCUUACUUGGCGCUCCCUAUGGAAAGUCCGUAGACAUGUGGUCGGUGGGCUGUAUUCUUGGGGAGCUUAGCGAUGGACAGCCUUUAUUUCCUGGAGAAAGUGAAAUUGACCAACUUUUUACUAUUCAGAAGGUGCUAGGACCACUUCCAUCUGAGCAGAUGAAGCUCUUCUACAGUAAUCCUCGCUUUCAUGGGCUCCGGUUUCCAGCUGUUAACCAUCCUCAGUCCUUGGAAAGAAGAUACCUUGGAAUUUUGAAUAGUGUUCUACUUGACCUAAUGAAGAAUUUACUGAAGUUGGACCCAGCUGACAGAUACUUGACAGAACAGUGUUUGAAUCACCCUACAUUUCAAACCCAGAGACUUCUGGAUCGUUCUCCUUCAAGGUCAGCAAAAAGAAAACCUUACCAUGUGGAAAGCAGCACAUUGUCUAAUAGAAACCAAGCCGGCAAAAGUACUGCUUUGCAAUCUCACCACAGAUCUAACAGCAAAGACAUCCAGAAUCUGAGUGUAGGCCUGCCCCGGGCUGAUGAAGGUCUCCCUGCCAAUGAAAGCUUCCUAAAUGGAAACCUUGCCGGAGCUAGUCUUAGCCCAAUGCACAAAACCUACCAAGCAAGCAGCCAGCCUGGGUCUACCAGCAAAGAUCUCACCAACAACAACAUACCACACCUUCUUAGCCCAAAAGAAGCCAAGUCAAAAACGGAGUUUGAUUUUAAUAUUGACCCAAAGCCUUCAGAAGGCCCGGGGACAAAGUACCUCAAGUCGAACAGCAGAUCUCAGCAGAACCGCCACUCAUUCAUGGAAAGCUCUCAGAGCAAAGCUGGGACACUGCAGCCCAAUGAAAAGCAGAGUCGGCAUAGCUAUAUCGACACCAUUCCCCAGUCCUCUAGGAGUCCCUCCUACAGGACCAAGGCCAAAAGCCAUGGGGCACUGAGUGACUCCAAGUCUGUUAGCAACCUUUCUGAAGCCAGGGCCCAAAUUACGGAGCCCAGUAGCAGUAGGUACUUCCCAUCUAGCUGCUUAGACUUGAAUUCUCCCACCAGCCCAACCCCCACCAGACACAGCGACACAAGAACUUUGCUCAGCCCUUCAGGGAGAAAUAACCGAAAUGAAGGAACGCUGGACUCACGUCGAACCACAACCAGACAUUCUAAGACAAUGGAGGAAUUGAAGCUGCCCGAGCACAUGGACAGUAGCCAUUCCCAUUCGCUGUCUGCACCUCACGAAUCUUUUUCUUAUGGACUGGGCUAUACGAGCCCCUUUUCUUCCCAGCAGCGUCCUCAUAGGCAUUCUAUGUAUGUGACCCGUGACAAAGUGAGAGCCAAAGGCUUGGAUGGAAGCUUGAGCAUAGGGCAAGGGAUGGCAGCUAGAGCCAACAGCCUGCAACUCUUGUCACCCCAGCCUGGAGAACAGCUCCCUCCAGAGAUGACUGUAGCAAGAUCAUCAGUCAAAGAGACCUCCAGAGAAGGCACCUCUUCCUUCCAUACACGCCAGAAGUCUGAGGGUGGAGUAUAUCAUGACCCACACUCUGAUGAUGGCACAGCCCCCAAAGAAAAUAGACAUCUGUAUAAUGAUCCCAUGCCAAGGAGAGUCGGUAGCUUUUACAGAGUGCCAUCUCCACGUCCAGACAAUUCUUUCCACGAAAAUAAUGUGUCCACCAGAGUUUCUUCCCUACCAUCAGAGAGCACUUCUGGAACCAACCACUCAAAAAGACAACCAGCAUUCGAUCCAUGGAAAAGUCCUGAAAAUAUUAGUCAUUCAGAGCAACUCAAGGAAAAAGAGAAGCAAGGAUUUUUCAGGUCAAUGAAAAAGAAAAAGAAGAAAUCUCAAACAGUACCCAAUUCCGACAGCCCUGAUCUUCUAACGUUGCAGAAAUCCAUUCAUUCUACUAGCACUCCAAGCAGCAGACCAAAGGAGUGGCGCCCUGAGAAAAUCUCAGAUCUACAGACCCAAAGCCAGCCAUUAAAAUCACUGCGCAAGUUGUUACAUCUCUCUUCCACCUCGAAUCACCCGGCUUCCUCAGAUCCCCGCUUCCAGCCCUUAACAGCUCAACAAACCAAAAAUUCCUUCUCAGAAAUUCGGAUUCACCCCUUGAGCCAGGCCUCUGGUGGGAGCAGCAACAUCCGGCAGGAGCCAGCACCGAAGGGCAGGCCAGCCCUCCAGCUGCCAGGUCAGAUGGAUCCUGGUUGGCACGUGUCCUCUGUGACCAGGAGUGCCACAGAGGGCCCUUCCUACUCUGAACAGCUGGGUGCCAAGAGUGGGCCAAAUGGGCACCCCUAUAACAGAACAAAUCGAUCACGAAUGCCAAAUCUGAAUGAUUUAAAAGAGACAGCCUUGUAAUUUGUGCUGGUGGGGGGAGGGGUGGGCAGGCAAGCUGGUGGGGAGGGGUGGGGAAGGGUGGGCUGGGCUUGGGGUAUGGGCCGGGCCGGGCCGGGCCGGGCCGGGCCGGGUGGUGAGCCAGUGUUUUCAGCUUUAUGAAGGUGUGUGCAAUAUGCAUGUGUGGGGCCGUCGAGCUCCUUGCGGCCAUAAAUGCUAGUCAGGGAUCUUAGAGCCACAGGAGUUCCUUAGGGAUCGCCACUCCCCACAGGUCUGUGUGAGAAUGGAUAGAGUGUGCCAUUGAGGAAGAAGAAAUUCUUGCCAGUUUCUCCCCCUUACAUUCCAGCUUUAGUGCAAUCUCUGUUGAACUUGGGAAUGCCAGGAUGUGUCCUGGCACUGCAAGGGAUAGGAAAGUCGUGUUGACCAAUGCCCUUACUACGUAUUUUUUUCUGCCUAGACUAAAUGUGGGGUUUAUUGUAAUCCAAGAGUAUCCCUUUGAAGGGUUAGCAGAUGAACUGUAUGUCUUAAAUUGUUUUCUAAACUUCCAUAUUUGAUAGGAUUUGUAACAUUUAUUUAUAAUUAAUAUUGUACUGUUAUAAUCAUAUCUUUUAUGUUAUAAUGUAAAGUUAUUUUGAGCUGUUUGAAACAUUGUGAAGCAGUGGGACAGCUACAGUAGUUUCUAUAAAAACUAAACAGUAACAUUUAUAUAUUGCAUCAGGAGUAUUUUAUUCUAUAUAUAAAUAUAUAUAUGGUAAAUAUCUGUUUUAUAAAUAUAUUCAUUUAAAGAAAGUAUCGUUAUGACACUAUCUGCCAUAUUUUUAUACAUUUGUGAUAUGAAGUGAGUAUUAUACUUCUAAUAAAGGGAGUUGAAUCGUGGCUACAUGUGACUGUAACAGUAUGAACCUUGCUCAACUUUUAGGCCCCAGCAGUAGCCUCUAGACAUGAUCCUUGGUAGCAGACGAAAUGCAGCAUCUCUUUCCAAACCUGCAGGGGAGAAAGUAAUUGGCCAGUGAGAAUUCCAGCAGGCCUGGUUUCCAUCCUCACACACUUGGCUCCUGUUUGUGUCCAGGGACAUUACUUGCACACAGGGGAGAAUAGAUUGAGGUAUUACUCAUGAGUCUUUGUAGAGAGAAUGUGCUCUUUCACUUAGCAUUAGUGUAGAGCAUAGACCAAAGAUUUGCCAGUGAACAUUCCUUGUUGUGAGGUCAUAAGAGGUACCUGUCUGCAGAUCUUGCAAACCAGCUCUAUGCUCCUGAAUACUGUCCACUGUCCUGGAGACUCUUGGCUGAUGGGGUGUGAGAUAUAUGUGUGGCAUUUCUAUUUCUGAAUGCUUUUUUUGCUAUUGCUCUCUCCAGUACCAUAUUUAAAAGGCUCCUGGAGUGAUUCCAGAGAGAGAAAAAAUUGCUGUAUCCAUUUUUUUCUUCCUGGGGCUGUCCAUUUAUGACAAGAUUUUCAUGCACACCUGUUACUACACACCCCCAUCAGAACAGGACCUGUCUUCCCCUCAUCUGAUCUCUUUCAGCUCCCAUGUUACUCCUGAGUAUCAUCAAAUUUGGCCAUCAAGUGUUACCCUCCCAUGCCUCUGGGCCAUCCUUGAGGGAAAUCACCUCAGCAUCAUCAUCUAUCAGUAGUAGUAGAUUUUUGGAAGUAGUCUCUUAGCAAUAAUACUUUUAAAGGUCCCUCCCACCCCUCAAAGAGAUAACAUCUCAUAUUUAUUACUCGUCCUCAAAUUCUGAGUGUUAGCCCCUGAAUCAAGUCAGCUAUAAUCAAAAUGUGCUAUUACUGUUAACCCUCCCCCCAGAUUUUGAGCAUCAUAGCUCUGAUGAUUAUGAGGUUUGUAAAGACUAAGAUCCUAGUUUCCUUGAAGCUUAAAUUGUGCAUAUAUUGCAUUUUUAUAUAAAUACUAUAAUGCGUAUUGAUUAUAUAGAUAGGUCAUUUUAAGGUGCUUUUUAUUUAAUUCUAAUAAGUGUAAUAGGCACUAAAACGAAACUCGACUGGGUACUAUUACUGAAACAAUUUGACUUAAAUUAAUAGUUUUGCAUGCUCUUUAGUUCUUUUUCUGUCUUAUUUCUUUUACCAGUUCAGUGGGUAGCUCUGAAUUCUGGCUUUUCCCAGGCAGCUGCUUGAUGAUACAAGUGAGGUGGACCAUCAGCAGUUUUGCCUGGACACUAAUGACUCUAAAAGGGUGUGUAUUUAACUCUUCUUUUUCAUAUUAGAUCUCUACCUUGUAUUCCCCCUUGCAAACCAGAAACUACACUUUUUUCUCUGGAAGACUUCUCACUGUGCUAUGCGCUUAGGAACUGCACGGUCCCGUUGCCAUGCUGUGGCAUUCGAGGCUCGUUGUCACCUAGGGGCUGGUUUCCCAUGUUGUCAUCCUUGCUAACACUGGGAUCUCAGAUGUUUGCAGAACAUUUCUAUUCAUAGUGGUUCUUCAAAGAAGGGCUAGCAUAUUUGCCUUCUAUCUAGAGCAAAGUAAACCUAAUUGCUGAAGAGUCAAUACGUACUUUUUGUACAUUCCCAGAUUUGAGCCAGAAAAUACCUACAGAUAUCUACAAAUGUUUUCAACCAGUGUUUUCGAGGUAGCUCUUUAAUCCUCUUCUCAGCUUUUGUCUGUUCUGACUUUUCAUCCAAUAAGCUGUAAGUGAACAACAAUCUGCAUUUCUAGCAUGCAAUUCUCUUCCUACUCACGGAGGGGGAUUAUAAAGUUUUCUUGCCAACCUUAUGGGCCCUCUCUUAGCUUUUAACUGUUGUUUUCCCCUCUUGUUGAUGAAGAAUUAUUGACAUCACAAAGAUUGCCAUCCAUGAUAGAAAGGACUUGAUUUAAAGUCAGAAAAUUUUGCCAUUUCUUUAGGAAGGGGAAUUUAUGACAUCCAUGUCCUAUUAUUGGCCCUAACUUCCUAAAGAAGAAAAAGGGUGAAUGAAAGCUUAUGUUACUUUUAUGAAACUAUCACUGAUUUCCUUUGGAAAAGAAACUCUGCUUCACUGUUUUUCUACCUUUAUUUCUCUGCCGUCCUCGUUUUUCUUCUCUAAAAGUUCUAAAUAAACUUUAACUGAACCUUGUUUGGUCUUGCUCUAAAAUUUAGCCUCUUUCUAGAGCCCAAGACUGAAAGGGAGUUCUUCGUGCUGAGGGGCUCAAGUGAGCUGACUCUACAGCAGUGGUUCUCAAUUAGGGGCAGAUUUGCCCCCAAGGACAUAUUUGGCAAUGUCUGGGGGCAUUGGGUUGUCACAUCAGGGUGAUGGUAUGCUACUGGCAUCUAGUGAGUAGAGGCCAGGGGUGCUGCUAAACAUCCUGCCAUGCCCAGGACAGCCCCCCAAACAAACAGUGGUCCAGCCCCAAGCACCACUAGUGCUGAGGUUGAGAAACCCUGCCCUACACCAUCCAAGCCCACCAGUCUGCAGAGCUUGGCUCUGCCCUUGUUCUGUCCAGGCUGCAGUACUGCAGGUAUGAAUUAUUCGAUACCACAUUCUCUUAAGAGUCUUCUACCACUGUUCCUGAAUCCUCGGAAUCCUGUUGUUCGUUUUCCUUGUCUUGGGCCUGCUAAAAGGUGCAUACUUUGGGAGGAGACCAGAGUUACUUUAUAGGUGUUGGAGAACUUAAAUUCUAGGUUAGCAUCCGUAGAAAAUCUUUCAUAGAGCCACGAGGCUUAUAUUUAGAAGCAAGCAACAGCCUGGCAGAUUGGCAGGAUUUUUACCAACUGCUCAAAGGCAUCCAUGGCUUUUAGCUGUGUCUCCCAAAAGAAAAUGUCUUUGUUUUUUAUUCAAGUCAUUUAAUAGCUCUUUACAUAUAUUAGCAUAUGGCAGACCAAUUAGAAGCAAAAAAGUCCGUAUUGGUGGUUGUGAUGUGGCUGUUAUAGAAGUAUUUGUGCUGUAUGCUUUGGUUAAAUCUGUUUUAAAACAUGCUUUAAGAUUCACCUUACGCAGUUGUACUUUAAUUCUAAGCUCAGAGCUAUGCUGGUCAGUCUCUAGUCAUGCCGUGUAUUAUAAAGUAUGUUGUGGUUGUAGAGUUAGCCAGUUUAGCAUGUUCCUAAUCUGAAAAUUAGUGGACUAUACUAGGAAAUGCUAUCCCAUUUUCCCUUUCCAGCCCCUCUUAGUUAAGAUCAUAGUAUCCUCACUUCUUAAACUAGUCUUUAGAGUAAAUAAGGAAAAAAGCCAUUUAUUUUCUUCUAGCCAUGUAUUAUUGAGAAUGACUCAUAGUGUACAACGUUUUUUCAAAGGCCAGAGGAUUACUUUUCAAGUGUGUAGAAAGAUCUGUGUCCAUUUCUGUUCACCUAGGACCUGGUGGUGACUGAACUCUUUAAGCAAGGGCAGUGGCUCAGUGUGAUUCAGUGCUGGAGCUCGGCUGAGACUCAGUAAAUCUGCACAUUCUCUGCUGGUCAGAACAUAUUUCCUGGAGAGCAUUGCUUUUCUGCCUAGAAGUUCGUUACCUCCUGCAUGAUAGUGGGAUAUUGAGCUCUGUGUGGGUUCUAAGAUACACAGACUCAUACUUUUGUGAACUUGGAAUGCGGUAGGGUACACUGAACCAAGUCAGAAAAUAGUGAGAUAUUUCCUUGCCUCCUUCAGUUCAUCACCAAGAAAGUGUUUAGGCAGAGAAAACUUAUUAAUAGUUUAAAAAAAACACAAUUCUAGUUUUGUUUUUUUUUUUGAAAGGGGACAUAGUACAAAGGUACAAAAAAAAAGAUAGUACAAAGGUUUUAAGUGUCCUAUCACGAAUUCCCAGGGCCAGAAUCUCACAAGAAAGUCCUCUCAGACUUAAAAGCCUGGCUUACAAAAAUAAGCAGAAACCAAACUUGUAAGCAGUUAUGAUUUCUUCCUUUUGCUUCUUGACCAACUGAGAUACAGAAUAUCUUGAGGUCUGGUUCAGCCGAUGAAGAAUUCUGUCUCAGAAACGAUGAGUAAGAAACCAUGCAAGAAAAUGAAAUCCCUCAUCUAUCUGCAUACACGCGAUGUGGGAGGAGUGGGGUGGCUAGGAAACUCUGAGCCUGCUGCCCCCUUUGAUUCUAUCUUUUCUUUGUGAAUUGAAUGUACUAUACAAAUGGUAGGCUUUCGUGUGAGCCAGUUACUACAUGAAUCUCUAUUUCCCACGAUGGUUUGUCCAUUCAUCGGCGUUAGGCUUGGUCUUGGCUCCACUUUCUCCUCACCGGGCACUGACCCCACCUUUCCGUGUAUUUACUGUAGGCUAUUAAAUAUGAUCAUGACCUGCCUUGCAUUUUCAUUCAUCCACUGUUUACUCCCAAAUUUAAGGGAAGUUUGUCUCAUUUUGCCAGAAAAAAAUUGUAAUAGUUGGCACAUUGGAUUUGUAGGGCCAGGAAAACUGCAGCCGUGAAACUAGUUUCACUUCCAAGGCCCUUCAUUUCCCACAAGGUUAAGCUCUCAAAACCCCAUUUGAUCCUUGGGUCCUAUUUUGAUCCUCCUUUGGAAUUUGAAAAUCGGUCUCCAUGUUGUAUGCAGAUUAGAAGUUGCCUUGUUCGUUACUCUUCCAACACAGAGUAUCAGGGAGAAAGAGGCCUUAUCUGUUCCUCCAUCCCCUCUGUUUUGACAGACUGCUAAGAAUUCCUCAGGACUUCCCUUGGUUGGGGAUUUUAUUUUCCCAAAUGUCUGAUCUGAUUUCUUUUAGGCGUAGACAAGCUUGUCCUAGUCCUCUGCUUCAGGUCUAAUCAGAAGAAACCCAGGAAUAGAAAAGGUAGAUGCCUUGACUUUUGUCCCUGUUGUGGGGACUAAAGUGUUUAUUGCCAGAAUUGUCAAAAGCUUCAGUUUGAACUCUGUAGAGUUUCACGGAAAAACAAAACAAAAAGAUGCUUAUCCUCCCGGAGAAUGUGUAAGUUCUCCAGCACAGCUUAGGUUUUCCAAAAUGGAAAGCAAAGCUUGCAGAGAGCCUGUUUCCUCUAGAGAUACACAAUUGAUUCUGGCCCUCAGUCUGUUCCCCUCCCCUUGUUUACUCUUUGGUCACCGAUGGAGUCAGGCUAGAGGGGUAAUACGGUGAUUAAAAGAAGUAAAUUCUCACUGUAAACUUGGAUUGAUUAAUAAAAACAAACCAAACAAAAUCAUUGCCCCAAAUUUCUAUCUCCAAGAAUUGCUUUGUGCCAUUUUGAAUUCAGGUAGUUAUUCUGUAUAUACUUAGCUAACUCUUCAGAACUUCUUCAGUCUCUUGUAAGCUUGAAGGUGGUAUCUCGGAAGACACAGGGCAGAGUGACAUUGAGACCCUGUUCAUUCUUAAAAAUAGGGAUAAGCCACAAUGAUGUGACAUCUAGUAUGUGGUAGAUGAAGAUUCAUUGGAAAUUCCUAAUUGCACAGACUUUAUAAUCCAUUAUAUAAAGUGUAAUUCCAUACUUUUUACUGUGGCAAGGGUGUGAUGUGAUUGUUAAUCUUUUUAAUUUUUGAAUUCAAAAUGAAUUUAAAGUGUUGAAUACUUAAAUCCUCACAAGUGAAUUAUGAACCAUUUGUAAGGUGUUUCUAUAACUCUUUGUAUCAUGUGUUGGUACAUCUUAUCGAGUUUUUUCUGGCAUGUAAUUCCAUUCUAAACUUAUGUAAAAUUUCUAUUGUUGCUGUAAAUAUUACACAAAUAUCUACUCCGUGAUAACCUUCAUUAUCAGCAUGAAAUGGUUAAUUUUUACUGAGCACAAUGUAUUUUUGAAUGGAUCUUCCCAAAUGUCUUUAAUAAAAUGCAGAUUUUGCACUGA